AUGUCAGAGGCUUCAGGAAGUGUGAAGCCUGAAGGUUUGAUAACUUCACUUAUAGCUCAACUAAAGAUUACAAAAAUUCCUGAGACACCAACGACAGACCAAGAUUUUAUCAUCAAUCAGCAACAAAAUGCAUCAAUUAAAGUGCCUGAAGUUAAUAAAAUUUUUGAGAAUAUAAUAAGUGCUAUUACUAAAUCAAAUAAAAAGGUAUUCAAAAAAAACCUUAACUUUUUACAUGUAAUGGACAAAGCAUUAAUAAAGGAACAUUUGACUUUCAAGAACAUAGAUUUAUUCUCAUUACUUAGUAAACACUCUCAGUUAGAGAUGUUAGAAUAUCUCGUAGAGCAAAGGGAAAUUUUGCCAUUCCUUAUUCCAUUAGAUAAAAAAAAGGAAGAAAUAAGUAUAAAAACUACCUUUUUGAACUGUAUGUGCAACCGUAAUUCAGCAAUGCUUGAAAGGUAUUAUGACUAUUUAGCUGGAGAUCUUCACUGGGUUAUAAAUAAGACCAGUAGUAAAAAUGAUUUUGAAAAUUUGAAAAAUAUUUUAUGUUUGUUAAAAGAAGCAUUCACUGAAUACCAUGAAAUUUCAAAUAACAAUUAUCAUCAACAGGGGGUCAACCCACAAAUGGUUGUAGAUGUUUUGUGUAUAAUAUCUUUUAAUGAAUUUCAAAUAGAGUUGUAUGGAAAAUUAAAUAAAGUAAAACUUGAAAUGGAGCAGUGGCAACCUGUCAUUGACACAGACAAUGCUAUCCGAGAGAUUAAAGUCCUAAUAGACAUUAUAGAUAUAACAAUAAGCUUACAUGCCGACUACUCGAGGAAUAAAAUUAAUGAAAGUUUUCCUGCUCUUUUAUUGCUUGAAGACGAUGAUAAAUUUACAGUGUAUCGGAUAGCACAAAAAGUUUUUAUGUUUAGGAAAUUUUUGUGGAAAGCUGAUUACAAUGUGUGUCUUCUUAUAUUGGAUAAUUUGUAUCUGUUGAAAGAAAGACUAAAAAUGUCUGGAACCAUUUAUCAGGAAUUAGAAUCGCACCUUUACUACUUUAUUUAUAAUUGUAAAAGUAAAUGGUCCUUCUAUUUAUCUAAAACCCAAACAAUAGAAGUUGAAAAUCUUAUUGCAGAGAAUAAUGGUGUAAUGCAUAUUUUUAAUACGCCUUUUAAUAUGGAUAUGGGAGCAUUAUGGACAUUUUUGAUUAUUUAUUUAGAGAGGCAAGCUUUUCUGGAUAAACUUGAUAAUUUUAUAGAAGAGUUAAAAGUACCUAUUUUACCAGAAAACAUUAAACUAAACAGAUCAGAAAUGUCGCAAGAAGAGCAGCAGUCUUUAAUUCCUAUACCAGAAAUGAGAGACGAUUUCUCUUUAAGAAAGAUGUAUAGAACUCUUGAAGAACUGCCAAGUGCUGAAGAUGUAAAGCUGAAAACGGAAUGGGCCCAAUUGAUUAUCGAAAGAGUUCUACAAGUAGUUGGUGAAUUCAUUAAAAGUACCAAGGAAAGCAAACACUUAGAGGCUACAACCCAAGCUCUGAUGCUAGCUGAAAUACCAUUACAUAUUGUAAAAUCUCUCAAAACUAUUCGGCAAUUUUUAAGUAAAGCCGAUAAUUGCCAAAUACUGUGGAGGAUCGAGUUAUCAAAGCACGGACAAACUGUGCUAGCAAAGGUUUUAAAUGAUUUAAAACACAUCAAAGACGUUAUUAAAAGACAAAUUGGUAUAAACCGGUAUCUUGUUAAUAGAUCUCUCAUAAAUGGUUGUCGAGGAACCCUGCUAAAACGCAGGGACUGCAUUAGAGACAACAUAGAGAACAUUUUACCACAUCAUUUUGACGCUGUAUCAGAGGGUCUGGGAGUAUUUCUGCAAAAUCCUACAGAAUAUACAGGUAAUAUGCUUCUGGAAAACUUUUAUAAGUCACACUGGGAACCCACAGGGCUUAGCGUGGAUCUUAUGAUGGAAGUUGCACAGCUCCAACAUGACUUAAGAAUGCUUUAUAAUAAACACUGUCAAGUUCAACAAAGUAUUAAAGCAUUCAUUGAUAAAAACUAUUCAUAUUACAAAGACGUCAUAGUUACGAUUUUAGACAAAAUUAUGUUUCAGAAAGAGAAUUGGAAAAACAUAAAGUUGGAAUGUCUAAACAACGUGGAAAUACAAUUUGAUUUAAUUUCAGAAUAUCCAAAUGAAAUAGAUGUAAACAAAAUUAGAACAAACUUAAAAUUAAACAACUGUAGUAACAAAAAAUUAACUGAUUUGUUAACUAAUGUUAUUGAAAUAAAAUCGUUAUGGGAUAUUAUUGAAAAUAUACUUGAUUUCAUUAUCAACAAGUGUAAAGCGUUAAAUGAUUCUGUAGCUGAAAUUAAGUGGGGCAUUAUUUCUGAAUUUUAUGCAAUUGUUUGUCGGACCACAUACACGACUGACGAUAUGUCUCGAAAUGUUGAAAGGUUAUUUCAUUUUAUGGAACAAGCAGGCCUCAGAGAAGCAAAAUCCGUAGUGAGAAAUAAUUAUAAUUACGAGGGUUUACAAGAGUUGGAAGAAAUACUUCUAAUAAAUAAUUUUGUAACUGAAGAAGAAAUUUUGUACAUAUCCAAAAACACGCCUGUAAGCCAAAGGGAAAGUCUAAAGUUAUUAACCUUUGACAAAAGCAAAUUCAUUGAAGAAAUGAAACAUUACGUUGAUGCAAUUGGUAGCUUGCAACCAUAUGAUGCUAAAUCCGAAGAAAUUAUCAGCAAUGUUAAAAGCCGGAACAGUAAUCUCUUAAAGUGUUACUUGAACCGCUUAAAAUCACUAAGCUCACUUUUAAAUGGUCAGCCGAAAGAUUUGUUGGUUUUACGUUAUAAAUAUAUUGGCCAAUUUAAAAUUUGGUUACAAAUGAUUUUAAUUGACAUUUUUAAUAUUCUUAAAAUGUGUAAUCAAGAUGAUAAUCUACGUAAGGUCAAUAGGUUAUUAGCAGAAAUAAAUCUAAGGCAUGUUCUAACUCACGGUAGUCCUUUACUGGAGGUCGUUGGUGAUUUUUUAGAUGCCAAUGAUGUACCUUCCGAACUGAUUUCAAAAGCCUUAGAAUUUAUCAAAGAUCUAGAAUCUGUGCAAUCGUUGUACACGUUGAAAGAAUCCAAAUUCGAUUUUAAGUUAAUAUAUGAAAACGUUGAUCAUUUUGAUACAGAUAUUAGGAACCUUUUAAAUUGUUUGAAGAAGUCCAAAAACUGGGAACAAUAUCUUUCACUUUUACCCGAAAACAUAGUCUAUAAAAAGCCUAAAACAAAGAAAAAGCAAAAAAAGAAACCCAACGUACCCCAACCUGAAUUAAUAACCGCUAUAAAGGAUAAUGCAAGUGAUAAGAUCAAGGAAUUAAUAAAUAUUGUCGAUUUGGAUGCAAAAGAUCAAAAUGGUAAAGCUGCCAUCCACCAUGCAGUAAUUCAGAAUAAUAUUGAAGUACUAACAUUAUUAAAGGAACAUAAGGCAGACCUCGAUAUAACAAACCAAAAGGAUAACAAUCGCACUGCUCUACAUUAUGCAGCAAUGAAAGGAAAUAGCGUUGCAGUGGAUCUUUUGUUGAAAUCUGGUGCUAUGGUGCAGAAAGACGCAAAUGGUGACACUUAUAAAGAUAUUGAAGCCAUGCAAAUUGAAAAAUCAGAUGAAAGGAUUAAAUUUAAAGGUGAUAUGGACGACCUUCUUUCUGAUUUUGAAAGCUUGGGUUUAAAUGCACUAGGAGACGAUACUGAUGACAAUUUAAUAAAUAUAUAA